AGAAAAUCCUCCAGCAGCCAACAAGUGUAGCCCCUUGUCCGCUUUGUUGCCAAACAGCACUGCUGCUCGUCGUGGCCGGUCACUCCCUCCCGGCUACCAAAACAGCAAUUUUCCAGGUCAAGUUUUGAAUUGUAGAUGAGUGAUUAUCUGAAAAUGCUUUGUUCGUAUCGAAAGCAUGUUCUCUUUUUGAUAUCCAUUAUUAACUUCAGCCUCAUUGGUCCAGCACUGAGUUAUGGGAGUAAGCAUGAGACCAAAGUCUUGCAUGUUGGGGAGGAGCUACAGAAGGAGACUAUUCCAUUACAGUCAGGAUCCCGACUGUACCAUUUGCAGGGACUGAAAUCUCACACUUGGUAUGAAGUAAAGAUAUCUUAUCCUGCUUCUCAGAUACCAGCUACUUUUUCUUUACAACUCAAGAAAGAUAGUUCAGGGUUGGAGCUAAAUAGGGAAAGAAAAUUACUGAAUACUGAAAAAUUAAUAUUCAAGACUGAUGUCUUGGACUUGCUUGAUAACCAGGGUGCUAUGUCUGUACUGGUAACUGUGGAGCCUGAGGGGGUUGUUGCUAUACGUGGAGUGCAAGAAAGAAAAUUCAUCAUAUUCAAUAUAGUUUGUGACGAACUAUAUUUAGGCAUUCCAGAGAAAGCAUGGUAUGUUGUCAUGUUUGCAAUACUGUGCUUGGUUGUUGCAUUUGUGAUCCCAUCUUUUCUCCCACCGUAUCUUCUACCAAGGAGUCAAAAUCGAAAUAUAGCUGAUCAGGUAAUAUCUAAGGAUUCUUAACUAUGUCGUACCUGACAUCUCAGGCUGUUGAUUUGUGACCACUUUGAACUAUAUUCAUUUAUAUGUCUUCAGUCUAAUGUAUUGAAGUGUAAUCAAUUUGAUAUUUGGCUGUGAAAUGAGAACUUAUUAUUAUUAUUA